GUCGACGGCCAUGAUUUGGGGGGCCGGACGGAGAGUAGCCCUGAGUUGUGCUGCAGUUCGAACGCGUAGUCGUUGUUUCGUAGCCGCGGAGUCGAGUUCACAUACGAGUCAGUCUGCAGUCAGUCAUUUAUGUGUGUCAUCGUCUCCCAAUAGCCCAGUUUUGCUGGACAGUAGCAGCGGUCACCGAUUAGGGCGCCUCCGGGAACACUACAGUCUGGAUUAGUGUGUAGUGAGAGGUAACUGUGGAACUAUCUGAGGGAAGCAGAAGAAGCCAUUGAUUGUGUGACAAUUGCGUGACAUCCUACUUGGGAUAUCGAAGGACCAUUUGGGGCAAAGUUCCGAGCUUUCUGCAACAGCGAUCGCAUAGCCGAUCAUCGAAUACAAGUGGAGCAGCUGGGAAUAGGCUCUAGGCAGCAGUAGUGACAGUGAGGAGUGCAUGUGAUAUAUUAGGAAGAUAUCUUCGCGUGGCGUUCCCGUAUUCACCCGAGAGCACAAGCUGGGUUAACGACGGCGGAGAAAAAUCAAUCGUUUGGAACUAUUCCGAGUGGAACAAAUCGAAGGCUUUUCGAAACGCGCUGCGCUGUAUCGCAACUUGUACGGAUCGAUCGAGAACCAGCCAGCUGGAGCGGGGCUUGCGGCUAUUGUUUUCCGUUUCUGUAAAAUCCAUCAUAACUGCGCGUUCGCGUUUUGCCAUAACCGGGCAUAGAUUUUCGUGUAGGCGGCGCGUGUGUUCGUAACCGUCUGUGGAAAGCUAAUUCGGGAUUUUCUACGUAGUGGCGGUGCGAGGUGUUAUUUUCUAUUUUACAACUUCGGUUUGAUUAGAUUUUCCGGUAGAGCUGAAAACAUUUGCCGUCGUGUGGGAAGCACCCUGCUGUUCCGUGCAGGAAUCUUAGCGAGCUAUCAGCUGUUUCGGUACGGAUCGUUGCAAUUUGAUAAAACUUUUCGCCGUCGUCAAGCCAUCAGCUGUUGCAGACGUUCGUGGCCCGCAUUCGAUACGUGAUCAGAGCCUUCGAGAAAGUUCGCAAACUGUCCCCAGCUGCAACGCAACGGCGAUCAGUGCGUGUGUACAGAAAGUGAGAAUCUACUCGGCCAAAGUGAUAUUCUCGUUCGAAUUCUGCAAACCAAUCGAAUUGGUGUGCAAUCGCAAGUCAACCGUUCGACGAAUACGGUUCAAAGCUGCGGCAACUCGCGAUAAAUCUCUGUCGCACGGCAACAGAACCGACGUUUGCUCCACCGUCGCGUCGUCUGCUGCCAGCGCUGCCAGUGUGAGUGAAAAGUGAGAAGAAUUACAUGAGCAAAGAAGAAAAUUCCGUUUAACCAAAGUAGUAAAUAAAGAAGCAUACACCGGAGGAGAUUUUGUGGUGUGCAAAACAGCAGUGGCAGCGGCAAUACAACUGUAGUGCGCAUCAGCAGCAUUACCAUCAUCAACAGCAGCAGCGACGACCGUAGCAGCAUCCGAGUGUAACUCGUUGCGGCUUCUUCUUCCUUUUUUUCCUGUGGAUCGGAACAACGAAAAUUUGUUUUCAUGAUAUCUGCUUGGAUAAAUCCCUAUAAUGAGAAGUGUGGAACUUUGAAAGUUCCCGACUCGUACAACGGGCGGAUCAUGGAAGGCUAUCACGUACAGACUCAGAACGGCAGCAGCAACAACAACAACUCCACCUACUCAUACCACCAUCAUCAACAACAACAGCAACAGCAGCAGUCCCAGCAGCAUCAGCACCACCAUCACCAUCAUCAGUCGGCGCAAAAAUACAAUCAGAGCCAUCACUCGCACCACAACCACAACCACAACCACCACCACCACAACAGCAACACCAACGCCAAUGGCAGCUACACGUCACUGAACUACGCCCACUCCGAUGCGGGCUUCGUAUCGCCACCGCCUUCGCCGCGUUCCAACAGCUCGCUAGCUUCCUGUUCGUCUUCUUCCUACUCGUCGGCUUCCUCGUCAUCAGCCGUCUCCUCGGCGGCGUCCACUUCAUCGGGACUGUCGUCGGCUGGAUCCGAGAAUGGAUCGUCGUACGAAAAUCUGGACAAUUCGGCCCAACGGCUAGCGGUACUGUCUUUCGAGCAGGUCAAGAAGUUGAACGAUGUUAUGAAUGAGCCCGUGGCGAUCCACGGCCGCGGGAAUUUCCCGACCUUGGAGGUCAAAUUGACGGAUCUGGUUAACAUCGUACGGGAGAAGUUGGAAGCCGAUAUUGGUUCCGGUGGGGCCGGUAUGAUCGUGAAGGAUAUUCGCCUGAAUGGAGGCGCCGCUAGUCACGUGCUGGCUUCGGAAGCACAGCCAUACAAUGAUCUGGACUUGAUCUUUGCUGUGGAGUUUAGCUCAAAUCGGCACUUUGACCGCGUCAAGUCAGCCGUUCUUUCGUCGCUGUUGGAUCUGUUACCAGAAGGUGUGGUUCGACGGAGGAUAACGCAGUGUUCGCUCAAGGAAGCCUAUGUUGGCAAGAUGGUGAAGGUGAAUAAUAACAAUGAUGGUGAUCGCUGGAGUCUGAUCUCGCUGGGUAACUCGCCCGGGCACAAGAACGUCGAGCUGAAGUUUGUCGAUACAAUGCGUCGACAGUUCGAGUUUAGCGUCGAUUCGUUCCAGAUUGUGCUGGACUCGUUGCUGCUGUUCUACGACUGUACUGAAAAGCCCAUGAUUACGGAGAAUUUCUACCCAACCGUCGUUGGAGAGUCGGUGUAUGGCGAUUUCCAGGAAGCUCUAUAUCAUCUGCAGAAGAAGCUAAUAUCGACGAGGCAACCGGAGGAGAUCCGAGGUGGUGGACUGCUCAAGUAUUGCAACUUGCUGGUGAGGAAUUAUAUGCCGGUUGAUCAACAGAAGAUCAAGACGCUGGAGCGUUACAUGUGCUCACGGUUCUUCAUCGACUUUCCGGACAUUGACCAGCAGAAAAUCAAGCUGGAAAGUUAUCUGAGGAACCACUUCUGGGGCGAAGUGGAGGAACAUCUACAGUACCAGUACCUGAUGCAUUUAUACGAUGUCGUUGAGCAGAGUACGGUCUGUCUAAUGGGGCACGAGCGUCGUCAGACGCUGAUGUUAAUCGAAACGUUGGCCAUGCAGGUACUCUACCGCGACCAUCCGCAGAACCCACAAGCAACCAUAAUUACAACCACGAGUACGGUGCCGCAACACACCCAAAUGUCACUGCAGCCACUCCAGACACAACUCUCACAACUGAGCUUACAGCCCCAACAACUCUCACCAGUUCAGCAGACUGUCAUUCACCACCACCACGCGCAGGCCGUGCAACAGACGCAAACCCUGCAGCUGCAGCAUCCGCAGGCCAUGAUGCAGCAGCAGCCUCCUCAACCUGGGCAAACUCAACCUCAGCAGCAGACCAUCUCGCUUGCUCCACAACCAGCCGGUCUACUCUACGCCAACGGAAUCUACUACGCUCCAGUAAUCCCGACGACGCUCUGCACGUGCAAUGCCACGUGGCUGACGACGUGAUCAAGAGCUGCAGAUCCCGACAGCAACAACAGCAGCAGCAGCAACAACAACAUCAAUAAUAACAUCAACUGUAACAACUCGGCGACACCACUCCUAGUGGGAUCGAUUAUCAGCGUCACCACUACACCGAUCGUGGCUACGUUCGAACCGCAGUCGCACACAUCGCCACCGUCGACAUCUUCGUCCGUCUGCUGCACCGGCAGCACCGUCAUCAGCAGCAACAACAACGUUUACAAUGCAGACAACAACAUCAACGAUCGUUACUUUACUAAUAUUUUAGUGUCGGAUAGAUGAUUAUUAGGACAGUAAGCAUACCCCAUGUUCUCCUCCUUCCCGAGAUCUACCAAUCGUAGAGUCGAAAAAUGUGUAAUCACACAAUCACAAGUAAAUUGCGUCCGUUUUAAGUUUAUCCCAAAUUGAUGAACACUGAAAUAAAACACUUUCUGCUUUUCGAAUGACAACACAAA